UUCUUAUCGUUUGUAAUGACGCCUAUAUUAACAAAACAUUGGCAUGAUGAACUUCAGUCGCUUCUGGAACAUCGAUACGAUAUGUUCUUGGUUUUUCUAAUCGCGCUCUUCACUUGUGUCAACAGUGUCGACUUGCCUGAACCAAAGUUUCAAGUCCUCACUCCAGAUGAGUUGAUGGUAGAAGUGCCACAUUAUGACGAGGCUAAGUUGGUCAUGUUUCGAAUAGGUGUUAGACGGAAAGACCAAAGUAAGGAAUAUUUGGAAUUGGGGGAAAACGACGUCAGCAAUCACCGGAUUUUCAUUUAUGACCAGAGGCUCAACUUGCAGAAGGACGAUGUCGUCAAUUACUUACUUGCAUUUAGGGAUAAAAAGGGUUAUAUGGCACGAACAGGAAACUACGUUUUUGAUGGAGUUUAUUGCAAGAAGCCUCGCCGCCACCGCUUCCGUCGCUCAAUUUCAUCCACGACUAUCAAAGCCGAGUUUAAUCUCGACGGCCCAGAUCCUGACACUGAGGAAGUCCUCCCUGUGGAACCCCGCUUUGGACAUCAUCCCCAUCGGGGCGGAGGUUGGCCGAACCACGGCCCCCAUCACGGUUUCAACCCUUUCGGACCUCACCGGCCCCAGUAUCCACCAUUUUCACCCUAUCCCAACCAACCACCGCCUUUUGGACCUCCUCCGAAUUUUGGAGGUGAUUGUAGUGACCAUCGACACGACAGGUGUCAUGGACGCGAUACUGAAAGGAUUGAGGGCCUCACUGAGGCUAAUGUAGAUUACCACUGCAAAAUGUGUAAAAACCGAAGUCCUGAAAAAGGGACUUCCACUACGACUGUCUCGAGUACGACAGCUGAAGACUCACCUGAAAUAGACAUUAGGUUCUCUGAUGAUUAAAAUCUCGUAUUGUCACUUUCUAACAAAUGUUUUUUAAUGAAUGUCAAGGUUUGUGUAAUCAUUCCGCUGAAGUUGUGUUGGUAAAUCACAAAAUCAUGAAUUAUACAUUUGGUUUUGUUUCUUCAGAUGAUAUUGAAUUAUGUUUUUUUAAUAAAAGUGUUUACUUUUCUGCA